AUGGAAUUAUACGAGGAUAUCGAAUUUUGCGAUCCCAAUCAGAUCUACGGCGAAGAAUUACCAAUAUGCGAAGAUCCGUUCACAGUUUUCGAUCACUACAUGAAUUAUUGCGUUCCGGCAACCUUAAUUCAAUUCGCGGAUCAGGAAAAUGAGCCAAAUAUGAAGAUCAUCUAUGGUUUUCUACUUCCUAUUCUCUCUAUUGUAGUGCUUCUGUCGAAUGGUGUCGUCAUAUUUGUUUUGAACGAACAAAAAACGAAGCGUGCCACGGUCGAACCUCUGCUGUGGAUGGCAGUAAGCGCUCUGUUGAUGGCAGCAUCACCACUACCGUUCACUGUUUUCUAUUAUAAUCUCGGUCAUAUGCGAGAUCUCAAUCAAACGGAAUUCCUAUGCUACUUACAGAAGGUCUGUAUGGAGAUUCUACCUUUCUUUUUCAAUACACUGAUCACUUUUUUCACAAUGCUGUUAGGUAUCCAGAGAUUCAUUGCCGUUCAAUUCCCACUCGACUCAUUUCGAUGGUGUUCACGCCGACUAAUUCGACGAUAUUCGAAAGCGAUUCUCACCUUGGCCACCGUACUUACCCUAAUUCAUUCCACUUUCGAUAUUCGGGUUAUCUAUCAUUUUUGUAUUAGAGGACCAUCAACUUCAUUCUGGGUGGCGCGUUGUUUUGUUGGACAUUCACCGUUGACACGAGCAAUGGGUCCGGACACAUUUGCAUGGGUUUUCGACUGUUUUCGACUUGGCCUUAUAGUCGUACCAUCAAUUCUACUAUUUGUGAUUACAAUACUUUUAAUAAGGACCAUAAAAACCUCGGAUGCUCAGAAAUUGAGAAUGAAUUCCAGUGUGAAUCGCCAUAAACGUGUUAGUUCUGCAUCGAGGAACACAACAGUCAUGCUCACCGUAAUCAUCGCAUUGUUUUUGUUGGCAAGAGCUCCGUCAACAGUGUUGAUUAUCCUGGUGAAGCUAUCCGACGUUCUUCCGCUCGGCUCGUUGGAGUUCGCCCAUUCAGCCUACCUGCGGGCUUUUGCAAAUAUCAUUCUGGUCACGCUGCAUCCUAUUUCUUUCGCGGUCUACAUGUUCAUGUCGAGACGUUUUCGUGUGUCACUCCGACGUCUUCUUGGAUGGCGAUUCCUUGCCUCCGAUGAAGAAUUCCAUGCGUUUACAUCCUCGAUGAGAAAUUCGCAGUUUAAAGGACAAGUGACAAAGAAUAGUUGCUUCGCACUGAAUAUUUACAAAAAAGAAAGCCACACAUCAAUGCAGCAUAACUCACAUUAUUCGUCAUUUUCGAAGAAAAGUGUUGUGUUUGCACCGAAAACAUCAAAUGAUGGGACGUUAUUCAAUGGAACUCAUGCUACGAGGUCAUUGUCGAAUUGGUCGACAAAAAGUGGCAUCAGUAAGCUGAGUUUCCUCAGGCGAUUAGCGUUCACACGACGAUGCGAUACAGUUUAA